AUGACAAAAGCUUCCUACGCCUCCUCUCCCUGUCAAUACUCCCCUUCUGCUCUCCCUGCCUAUAUCCACGAAGGGGAAGUUAGAAUUGGGGCUCUGAUUCCUGUACAUGAGAAAACUGUAAAACCGACCAUAACAUUUAAAGAGAAGCCGCCGGAGAGGAUCUGUGAAAAAUUCUAUACUGAAAAAUAUCAGUAUACUCUUGCUCUGUUGUUUGCCAUUAAGGAAAUAAAUAGAAACCCACUUUUAUCCCCAAACGUGACACUGGGAUAUGAGGUUUACGACUCGUGCUAUUCAGAUGCAGCAGCUCUCGACAGUAUCAUGUCUUACCUAUCUGGAAAGCAAACAAAGGUGCCGAAUUACAGCUGUAAUACGGCCCCCCCUAAACUAUCUGCAGUGGUUGGGGACUCCCCAUCAUCUGGCUCGGUGGCUAUUGCACGGAUCCUCGGGCUGACUUUGUUUCCUCAGAUCAGUUAUGCUUCUGCACUUCCUACACUGGCAGAUAAAACCCAGUUUCCUUCCUUUGUUCGUACCGUGGGCACUGUCGACUCCCAGCCGGUUGCAGUGGUACAAAUGAUCAACUAUUUUAACUGGACCUGGGUGGGAAUCUUGUCUUCCAAUAAUGAUUAUGGAGAUCAAGGCGCUCAGAAGCUGAAAAUAGAGAUGGCAAAACAUGGCAUCUGUGUUGCUUUUGCCAAAACACUAUUGACCCCACCAACCAAAGAAAACCUGGAUACUAUUGUCAGUGUUAUACAAAAAUCAACAGCAAACGUUAUUGUGCUUUAUGCCUACGCCACUGAAUUGAUUGCUUUAUUGCAAGCUGUUACUGAUCAGAAAAUCAGUGGAAAAAUCUGGAUCGCUGUGGGAAGCUGGCUACCUUCAGCUGUGUUUUCCCAGAAGGAAUUAUGGGGAACCCUAAAUGGCACAAUUGGACUCGCCAAAUACAGUUCUGAUAUCCCAGGCUUUAGAGACUUUUUAUACAGCAUACACCCAUCUCAGUAUCCCACAGACAUAUUUAUAAAGGAAUUUUGGGGGCAUGUUUUUUCAUGUAAGUGGGUAGAUAACAGAACAGAAAAUGACACCCUCUACUAUGGAAACAGUACCACGUUUUGUACAGGCAAAGAAAAGCUGAUCACUCUGGAUAGCACUAUAUACGACACCACAAACUUUCGGCUUGCCGUUUCCGUGUACAAUGCCGUUUAUGCUGUGGCAAAUGCCAUACAUAACAUGCUUUCCUGUAAGCCUGGAACAGGGCCAUUUUACAAUGGGACAUGUGCAACCAUUAAGGAUUUUCAACCUUGGCAGCUUUACUAUUACAUUAAAAAUGUGAACUUCCUGAACACUGCUGGGGAGAGGGUGGCUUUUGAUGAAAAGGGGGAGCUGAAGGGUCUCUACGAUGUAUUAAACUGGCAAGUUUCCCAUGAUAUGAAAAGUAAUAUGGCAAAGAUUGGAAUUUUCGAUGACUGGGGACCAAAUGGCGAGAAGCUGGUCUUGAAUGAAAAAUCCAUAUUAUGGGGAGAAAAAUACUCACAGGGCAAGAACCACUCGUACCAGCGGUGUCAGGUAGUUCCCACUGAUGCCACCAGGAGUGUUUCCCGCCAGCUAAAAUACACCAUUGGAUAA